GAUCCCGGCUGAGUUUUUGUGCCGAGACGCACCUGGCACAACCUUCUCCUCUCUGAUUCUGAGUCCACGUCCCGCGGAGGCUGCAGCCAUGAAGGAGAGACGGGCCCCCCAGCCAGUCGUGGCCAGAUGUAAGCUCGUUCUGGUGGGGGACGUGCAGUGCGGGAAGACGGCGAUGUUACAGGUGUUAGCGAAGGACUGUUAUCCCGAGACAUAUGUGCCCACCGUGUUUGAGAAUUACACAGCCUGCUUGGAGACAGAGGAACAAAGGGUGGAGCUCAGUCUCUGGGACACCUCAGGAUCUCCCUACUAUGACAACGUCCGUCCACUCUGCUACAGUGACUCGGAUGCGGUGUUACUAUGCUUUGAUAUCAGCCGCCCGGAGACAGUGGAUAGUGCGCUCAAGAAGUGGAGGACGGAAAUCCUAGAUUAUUGUCCUAGCACCCGUGUUUUGCUUAUUGGCUGCAAGACAGACCUGCGAACAGACCUGAGCACACUGAUGGAGCUGUCCCACCAGAAACAGGCACCUAUCUCCUAUGAGCAGGGCUGUGCAAUAGCCAAGCAGCUGGGUGCAGAAAUCUACCUGGAAGGCUCAGCUUUCACCUCAGAAAAGAGUAUCCACAGCAUUUUCCGGACGGCAUCCAUGGUGUGUCUGAACAAGCCCAGCCCGGUGCCUCCCAAGAGCCCUGUCCGAAGCCUCUCCAAGCGACUGCUUCACCUCCCCAGUCGUUCCGAACUCAUCUCGUCUACCUUCAAGAAGGAAAAGGCCAAAAGCUGUUCCAUUAUGUGAAGUGGGGGUCGGAGAAGGGAGGCAACCUCCCACUUCCUCCCUUGGGUUGCAGAGGCACGGGGGAGAGGGAGGAUGGGACAAUUUAGGA